AUGCCUGACCGCACCCCCGACAAGCCGAAGCCCAACCCUGGCCCGCAGUACCUGAAGGGUGAUGGCAAGUUCAAACGCGAAGAGCCUGAGCUGGGCUUCUUCCAGACCAAGCUGCGUGACAAGGAGGGCCUUGAGGCCCAGAACAAAAGACACGUGAGAAACAAGAAGGAGAAGGAGACCAAGCAAGAGAAGGAGGAGAUGAAGGUGAAGGACCAGAAGCGAAAGCUUUAG